AUGGACGGGAAGGCGAAUUACCAAGUAGAAGAGCUUCAGCUCUCAGACUGGUUUCAACCCAGAAAACGCCCCGAUGUCAUCACGAAAACGGACUGGCUCGCUCCCGUCCUUUGGGAGGGGACUUUUGACAGGCGGGUUCUGGAAAAACAUUACAGACGGCGGAAUAUCACCGUGGGCCUGGCCGUGUUUGCUACUGGCAGGUUUGCAGAGGAGAACCUGAGGCCAUUCUUACACUCCGCAAAUAAGCACUUCAUGACAGGCUACCGAGUGAUCUUCUACGUCAUGGCGGACGCCUCCUUCCCGCUGCCCCACAUACAGCCCAGUCCUCUUCGAACAUUCAAAGUGUUUAAAGUGGACACUGGGAGUGGGUGGCCCGACGGCCCCCUGGAGCCCAUGAAGAGCCUGAGUGAACACAUCAUCAGUCACAUCCAGCACGAGGUGGACUUUCUCUUCAGCAUGGCUGCCAACCAGGUCUUCCAGAGCGAGUUCGGGGUGGAGACCCUGGGCCCGACGGUGGCCCAGCUCCACGCAUGGUGGUAUUUCAGGAACACCAAGAACUUCCCUUACGAGAGGAGGCCGGCCUCAGCUGCUUGCGUCCCGUUUGGACAGGGGGAUUUCUAUUACGGCAGCUUGAUGGUUGGUGGCACGCCCCGUAAUAUUUUAGAUUUCAUCGAAAAUUAUCUGAAUGGAGUUAUCCAUGACAUCAAAAAUGGACUCCAUAGCACCUAUGAAAAGCACCUCAACAAGUAUUUUUACCUAAAUAAACCCUCCAAGCUGUUAUCACCAGAAUACAGCUGGGAUCUUGCAUUUUCUCCCCCUCCACAGGUCCGGUAUGUCAAAGUGGGACAUAUUUCCCACAGGAAAUUGUGAUUACACCGUUAGGCUUAUGACGAAUAAACGAAUCGCAGCAAUUUCUUAUAAAUGUGGGACUUCUUAAAGCCUUGCAUUUUUUAGAGACGUAAACAUUUACAUCCUUCCAAAAUAAGUGUUUCCUCUUGCCAU